AUGAAUCGAAGUAUGGAGGCACAUGCGUUUUUGGUAAAGAAAGGUUUUAAAGUAAAAUCUUAUGGAACAGGAGAAAAGGUUAAGUUACCAGGUGCUUCUGCAGAUCGACCUAAUUGCUAUGAAUUUGGGGUUCCUUAUGACGAUAUCUACAACGACCUGUUGGAGAAGGACAAAUCGUAUUAUACACAAAAUGGUAUUCUGCACAUGUUAGACAGAAACAGAAGAAUUAAGCAUUGUCCAGAGAAGUUUCAAAUAUCUGUUGAAAGGUUUGAUGUUAUAAUAACAUGUGAAGAAAGAGUGUAUGACCAAGUGAUUGAAUGGUUUGGUUCAAGGCGAUCUGUUUACAACCAACCAGUGCAUGUUAUAAACAUGGAUAUUCAAGAUAACCAUGAAGAGGCAACCAUUGGUGCAUUUCUGAUUAGUGAUAUGGUUACCAAAAUGGCUCAAAGUGACGACUUAGAUAAUGACAUUGAUGAACUUCUACAUGAGUUUGAGGCCAAAUGUCAUCGACCAAUUUUAAACUGUAUAAUGUUUUAUUAA